AUAUUUUGGUAUAAUAUAAUUUUUAGCUCAUUGCAGUAAAGGGUAAACAGGUUGUUUGUUUCUACAAAAACGGAAGGCUCAACUACAACACUCAUCUGUAAAUCUGUAUAUUUAUACCGUCAGUGAUAAGACAUGAGGACAGUGUCAGUGUCCGUGGCAAAGAAAAUAUUCUUCCAGGAAAUCUAGACAAUACAAUAAACUUAUUGUUGAAAAUGAAUCUAUUUGUUUAUGCUUCCACUUUCUUACAGAAUACUAACUAUAAUUAGGACUCUACUGUAAUAAACUAAAGGCGUUGCUGAGUUUAUAGUAGGCCUACUCUCAUUGUGAGACUAUUAACACAGUGAGAAAGUUUUUGACCUAUUCUAUCCUCAUCACAUCAAGGCGAAAGUUUUUAGAUUUUUUCAACUAUUAAAGCUUCUGUUUGUUAGUUGCUUUAUCUAAUUUAUAUUACCUACUUUACAAUGAACGACGAAAAACUUAUACAGCUUGUACGCGUAUAUCCAGCUUUGUAUGACAUAUCCCAUCCCAAGUACAUGGACGCAGACUACAAGAAACAAAUUUGGAAGUUUAUAGGAAAUGAAUUGGAAGCGAAUGGGUCAUUAUGUAGAACCAGAUGGAACAACAUAAGGGACAACUUUAGAAAGUCUCUGAAAAAGAGAUCACUCACAGCUCUACAAAAAGGACAAUGUUUGAAACCUUACAAAUAUAACGAACAAUUGUCCUUUUUGAAUCAAUUUUUUCAAGAAUCAGAAAACUUAUCACAUAUCAGUGAUGAAAAAAUUCAAGACCUGGAGACUGUGGAAGUAGGAGAAGGUGAUGAAAUGGAAAUGAGUAUAUCUAAUCGGAGCAUAAAUGACGUUUUUAAUGAAAAGGUUGACAACAGGCAACCGCAAGCAUCCUCAGACAUUCAUUCUGUUCCUGAAAUACUGCAUUUAUUCGAGCCCAGGACUAGAAUAAGGACAUCUCCAUCGACAGCUUCCACUGUUAUGGACUACCUAGUAAAACAAAGGGAGUGUUCUCAAAAUCCAGUUGAUGCUUUCUUAGCAGGAGUUGCUCCUGUCUUGAAGAAGCUAAGACCACGUGAUUGGCAUUUUGCCAAAGAGGAAAUAUUUGCUAUUGUACAGAAGUAUGAACUUAGAACUAUUGAUGAGGAAUGUAGGGGGGUGGCUUCUCCUGAAACUGAUUCUUCCUCAAAAUAUUCUAAUCAUAUAAUUGAUUAAAUAAUAUUUCCUCCACCUAGGGAGAGUGGGUCACAAUGAUACAAAAAUUUAUGUUUUCAUUUUUCUCUAUUGGAUGUAUGUUGCUAAAAGACAUUUUUAAAAUAUUUUGGAAUAUUACACACAUUUUCCUGGUAUUUCAAAAAGAUUAUUUAAAUGCAAAUAAUGUAGCAACUAUCUUUUUUACCAAAUAAUAAAUUUAGCCGAAUGUGACUAGACCUUUAAAUAUACAAAAAAAACGUCUUAUUGCCAACAUUCAAUUGAUAUUUAUCUUUUUAAAACUCAAAUCAAAGUUAAAAAAGGAACUAAGUCUUUUAGUGGCUCCCAUGGUUUUUGGUUUAGGUAUAAUCAUUUUAAUGUUUGAUACUUUACAAUUGAAAUGUCUGGUAUGAAUAGAAUAGAAUGAAAUAGAAUAUGAUAGGAAAAACAGGAUAUUUUGCACUCUUCCUUAGGUAAUUGACUGUAAGUUCUACUUUGGUGUACUCGCAGAUUACUAAGUAAUCUGCUAUAUAAAAUAUAUCUCUACCACUGUCUUCUGGAGUCAAUUUGAUGAGAACAAAGUCAUCUUCUUGAGGGUAUUGAUGUGGUUGGUCGACUUUGGAUGAAUCUACUUCUCUAAUAUUUUCUUCUUCAGAAUUUGAUGAACUGUUGCUUGAACUAGAAAUUUUGAGUUCAUUGUCACUUCCACUGGAAUUAUAGUCAAUCUCUGGUUGAUUUUGUUUUGCUGGAAAACAAGAUUUUCACAGAUUGUUUAUGCAAGUCUUUUUUCAUGUUUAGCUUCAAUCUUGGCUUUUUGGGAGUGUCUGUUACAAUGCUGCUUGAUAGCUUGUUUCGAGGUUUCCUCCCAGCUUUUCUUGCAGCAGCCUUUGGAAAGCCCUUAAAAUCAUGAGGACUAAUAAAUUGCUGCUUUGAAUCUAUGCUGCUUGAUCACAUUUGGGGGAGGGGGGUUGUAAAAUUUGCAUAGAAAGUUUGUCAUGUGGAAAAGAAGUCAGGUUGGUAGAAGAUGAUGGUCCAGAGCUUCAGUACCAUCUUGGACAGCACUAGGUAACUCAUUGUCAUAUGCCCGGUCUGUUACAAAGCUCACUAAAAAGUCAUAAUCUGUGAAUUGGCUUUUGUUAUAUAGGAAAAUUGUACUCUUAAGGAAUCCCACCUUUAUGUUAGCUGAUGUCAUUGCUCUCUCAUUAGAAAUGCCAAAACAUUGAAUUUCAAAUGCAUCCCGACACAUAGACUCUAUAGUGGGAUGCUACACGAUAGUUUAACGAAAUUAAUCCAAGUAUGUAAAGGACUUUUUCCAUAUUGUAAAUUUUUUUCAUGUUUAAUAAAUACCUCUGUCAUAGGUUACAUGACAGAGAAAAAAUAAAAUUAAAAAAAAUGAGCAACUUGGUGUACAAGCAGCAUCUGCAGCAGCAUUGUAAUGUGCAGUAAAUAAAUGGUUGGUAGACACUGAUGUCAAGGGGUUGCAAUUUGUUACUGCAGUGUCGGGCAGUGUAACAAUAAUGGCCCAUAUGAAUAAAACCAGAGCAAAUGCACAUGAGCAAAAGCAUGGAGCAUAAAUUUUUGCUCAUGAGCAAAAGUUGAAGCAAAAGCAUUUGCUCAUUUUUAUAUGAAUAAGCUUUACCUUAUACUCUUACCUUAUGCUCCUGAACUCUGGAGCAAAUGCUCUCGUAUUUUAAAGAUUUUUCAUCAGCUGAUUCACUUUUGCAGCCUUACUUUGGUUUUAUAGCUCACGGAAGUGCUAAAUAUGCAAUUAGGGUGCACCGCUUGUGUUUGCGUCGCUGCUCUGUUUUCUAUUUAUGAAUAGAGUUUUAGGUUAGUUGAGUUUAGAAUUUUAAAAUAAUAGCGUGAAAAAAUGUAAUCUCUAUAAUAAUCUUCAGCAUAUUCUUAUUUCUUAUAAUAGCCUUCUUAUAAUCGUCUACACUCUCAUCUUCUUAAAUGCGUAUUUCCUAUUUUGUGAUGGCUAUCUUUAUAACAGGUACAGCUAUCUUUUGUAUUUAUUCUUUUAUAGGGAUAAUGGUGAUAUAUAUAUCAUGGUUGAAUCUAAAAAGAGUUUUAUAGUUCUCAACUAUUGGUUGUGAUUGUAUCUGGUAUAGUUUCCUCUUCCUCAUACUAAUUAGUUGAGCCAGUUUACUAUGAGCAAAAGUUGAUAAGCUGCUCUAGUCUAGACUCACCUUUUUUGAAGCAUUUGCUUCAAAUGUUGAGCAAAUGCUCUAGUUUAUUCAUACAAUUUUCAGCAAAAGCUUUUGCUUUUGAGCAAAUGCUCAAACUAUUUUUUUGAUGAGCAUGAGCAAAAGGUUUUGCUCACGUUUAUUCAUAGAAAAUGAAGCAAAUGCUCAAUAUUUUAGAAGAAUAAGCAAAUGCUCAACUUUAUUCAUAUGGCCCAUUGACUCUAUUCUGUUUAGCCAAAUUAAUUGUCUCAACUUGAAACUAAUUAAAAAAAUAUAAACUUACCUGGGAGUAUUACUGAGUUGAAAAACAUAGAAAAAUCAAAUUCAACUACUAAAAAAAUAUUUUUUGUCAUAAUUGUUACAGAGGCUUCAACAGCGAACUGAUCUGAGGUUUUAAGUGAGCUUUCAAGAACAGUCACCAGUGUUUAAGAGCUGUCAAACAGCUCUAUCUAAGAAAGGGGAUCAAGUCUCAAUGGCCCAUAUGAAUAAAACCAGAGCAAAUGCUCAUGAGCAAGAAGCAUAAGGUUUUGCUCAUGAGCAAAAGGUAGACGCAAAAGCAUUUGCUCAUUUUUAUAUGAAUACGCUUUACUUUUUACUCUUACCUUAUGCUCCUGAACUCUGGAGAAAAUGCUCAUGUAUUUUAGAGAUUUUUCAUCAGCUGAUUCGCUUUUUUAGCCUUAGUUUGUUUUUAUAGCUCACGGAAGCGCUAAAUAUUCAAAUAGGGUGCACCGCUUGUGUUUGCGUCGUCUGCUGUGUUUUCUAUUUAUGAAUAGAGUUUUAGGUUAGUUGAGUUUAGAAUUUUGAAAUAAUAGUGUAAAAAAUGUCAUCUCUAUAAUAAUCUUCAGCAUAUUCUUAUAAUAUCAAUAGCCUUCUUAUAAUCGUCUACACUUUCAUCUUCUUAUGCCUAUUUCCUAUUUUGUGAUGGCUAUCCUUAUAACAGGUUCAGGUACAUCUUUUGUAAGGAUAAUGGUGAUAUGUAUCAUGGUUGAAUCUAAAGGUGCGUACAGAUUUACGCGCCGCGAACAUGAGCAAUUCACUUUUAAUGAGCUGAUGCCAAACUUUUUAUAUCUGUAUCUUACCGUUUCUGUAAAAAUACAGAUUUAUAGUCAGCUGAUUAAAAGUGAAUUGCUCAUGUUCGCGGCGCGUAUAUCUGUAUGCACCUUAAUAAGAGUUUUAUAGUUCUGAACUAUUGGUUGUAAUCGUAUCUGGUAUAGUUUCCUCUUCCUCAUACGGAUUAGUUGAGCCAUUUUACUAUGAGCAAAAGGUGAUAAGCUGCUCUAGACUAGAUUCACCUUUUUUGAAGCAUUUGCUUCAAUAGUUGAGCAAAUGCUCUAGUUUAUUCAUAGAAUUUUGAGCAAAUGCUCAAACUAUUUUUUUGAUGAGCAUGAGCAAAAGGUAUCGCUCAAGUUUAUUCAUAGAAAAUGAAGCAAAUGCUCCAUAUUUUAGAAGUAUAAGCAAAUGCUCAACUUUAUUCAUAUGGCCCAUGUCUCAUUGUGGCCUACUCUCCCCUACUUAUUUAUUCCAAGUUUACAAAAAAAGUUUUUCUUCUGGUUGAGGUUAAAGUUAGGUAUUUGAAAUCAGUAUUAAAUCUACUGAGCUAUCUUUCAAAAUUACAUCUAAUGCCGGCGACUAACGACAGUACAAAUGUGUUUGAACAUGUUUGACCAGACAUGUUUUGGAACAAAAAAGACAUUCACGUAAAAGGCUUUGAACAAAAAACAGCUGUUUGACAGCAGCUUCUAACGUAAAAAAAUAAAUAACCAACAACAAUAAAUAAAUCACUGAAAAUUUA